AUGCAGCGCUCGGUUGGAGAUCCAAGUUUGAGUGCGCUGACGAGCCGGGCUCUGCAUGGCCACGCCUUCUUCCCGCUGGGGGUUGCCUUGCCGGCGAGUAGCAUCGUGACCCCUGAGCCGGGUACUUCGGCCAGAGGCCCCUGGGCAUCUUUGCUGACAGGAGCGGUUACCCUUCUUGCGGCCGGUCGGAAGUUCGCCAGAAGAAAGGCCAAACCGCAGGACAUGGGCAGAGAAUUGGGGAGUGAAGAUGUGAACUUCCAGCUGAAGGUUGUGCAGGCCGAAGAAGUUGAGAUUCCCACAGAUGGAUUAAAAAGCUAUUUUUCUCAAAUUACCCAUAAAGGUGUGAGGGUGACGCUGGAAGAUGGCAGUCGAACGAUCAUUGAUCGAAUGCCAGAAGACUCAGCUGCACCUGAUUUAAAUGUUCGCAUACUCGAAGACAACCAGAACUGGCAGAAAGAAAGGGACAUAGACCUGGAACCGGGACGAAAGUCGCUGGGUGAAGUCUACACGGCGGCCUCCAAAGGAGGGAAGUACGAUCUGGUUACUAACAACUGUGUACAAUCGCGUGACAGAGUGACCAGGUGCUUGGAGGGUCGCUCGGACACUGACGCUGCGGUGGAAUCCGCGGCAAGAGUUGCAGCUCGGGCCGGAAGUUCUGUUCUCAGGGAUGUUAUCGCAGACAGAGCUGUUGAUCCAAAACCUGCAAUUGCAGAAGCUGGAGGUGGCCUUGCAAGAGAGGCGUGCCAAAACGUAACCGGGGCCAGCCCUAUCAGUGCUGCGGCGGAUUCAUUGGUGACCACAGUGGUCAAGACCGGCUGCACAGCCAAGGCAGGUGCAGCGGCAGCGAGGUCGUUCGCGUUCGAAGCCGUGACCAAGAAUUUUCCAAGUUUGCGAUUGGCGAGCAUGUCGUUGGGUGAGAGGAAGUAUUCCGACGGACAGAAGCAUGUUUCCGAGCAUGGCUUUCAGUUCGACCUGCGUUUCAACAACCUUCACGGAGUUGUGGGACUCAGGGGCAACCUGGGCAAAACAGAACUGAGAAGUCAGAAGGUUACGCACAGGAAGACCCCUCAUGUUCAUGAGAGACUCACUGAAGGGACGGCCAGACAUCAUGUCUUGGGCACAUAUGUAGUCGAUUUGGAUCAGGAGGUUUCACACUGGAAGACUGCUCAUAUUCACGAGAGAUUCACUGAAAGCACGACCAAAGUUCAUGUCUUGGACAAAGAUGUGGUCGAUUUGGAUCAGGAGGUCACGCGCGGGAAGAUCGUUCAUGUUGACGAAGCACUCACUGGAGUGACGGCCAAAGCUCAUGUCUUGGGCAACGAUGUGGUCGAUUUGGACCAGAAAGUUGCGCCCGAGAAGACCGUUCAUGUUCACGAGACACUCAGUGGAGUGACGGCCAAAGUUCAUGUCUUUGGCAAAGAUGUGAUCGAUUUAGACACAGGCUCGUACCGAAAGAACACCCUGUCCACAGAGUCGUCCAGCUUCUUCGAAACUACGGAGAUUUCCCAACAGUUCGACGGAAUCAAAAUUCUCGGGGUGGAGUUCACCUCGCUGACGGAAACGGUUAAGACGAACCGUUUUGGCCUGGGUAACUGCGAGCUGGUCACAAUGGAGACUCGCGAGGGUCGUGCGCCUACCUUCAGACCUGGUGAGGAUGCUCACAUGAUUUCUGGAGCAGGGCUUGCCGGCGGCCUGAACUUUGGUUUCGACAUGUUAGAUGGCAAAGGCACAGGCGAGGCGCUGCAGCAUGGUGUGCAAACUUCUGCUGGGAAUUUUGCGAUUGCAGCCGCGAUGAAGAAUCUGAGUCUUCCCUGUGUGCUGGUGGAUGCCGAGCAAGGGCACAUUGACAUGAUUUUGCUGAAUGGCUACGCAGUUGGUUUGGGUAAGAGUUCAAAGUUUCUCAGAACGCCAGAAGGAGACAUCUGGCAGACAGACACGGGCAUUCAACUCGGAGCCGGUGUUCCUGGUGACCCCCUGCAAAACGUGCAGGCGGAAGUCAGGCUGGGCCGUAGUGAGACGGAGUCACAGUCGAAACAGUCAGACGACUCCGGGUAUGAGGAACAACAUUGCACUUCAAGUUCCGAGGGCUUUCAGCUGCAACUGCAGGUCUGCAACCGCGCCACGCCAUCGGCGACAUUUGGCUCCACGCACAAGGAGGUAAGAGGCCACGGCUAUCACCAACACCUUGACAGGUCGAUCACACAUGAUGACGAAUCAGUUUCCGACUCCUUCAGCGUUGGCAUAGCAUCCUGGGGCAGCUUCGAGGAGUUGGACCAGCAUGUGGAGACGUUGAACAAUGGAGGGCAGAUCCUCCAGUCGGAGCAAUUCUCCGCACAAACUUGGGGCCUUCAUCUCGGCUUGUGUGACGGCGAACUUGCACAGGGCUCAUUCAGAGACGAGAAGCAAGAGCUUUCAGGGUCUGGGGAUGUUGUGCAUGAAACAUUUGAAGGAAGCGAGACACGUACCAAUUCGUCCUGCUUUUUCGGCUUGUGCAAAGGAGAACAACAUGUGAACAAGCAUGGACAUGUGCAUCGAAGUGAAUGCCAUUCCUCUUCAGACAGCUCUUGGGGCAUCACCACUAGUUCCUCUACGAGCACAGAUGAGGACUGGGAGAGGACUGUAUGCGACAAGCAGGUGACAGACAGCCCUGUUCAGCACAAAGUCGUGCAAGAGCACACGGAGAGCCACCUCUCGUGCGGCCUUUCAUUGCGCGAUCAUGAGCGGUCAGUCGCCGUCGGCACAGGCAAUGGGCAGCAGCAAGAGGACGGCAUAGAUCGCACUUGGGAUGGCUCCGAUGAGUAUCACAUACUUAAUGGUGUGGGAGAACGGCACCAGAACAACUUCCUCUUCAGCAUUGAGACCCGGGGUAGAAUGCAUUUCGAUGACAUCCUGGGCAAAGUGGUCGCCGACGAUGUCGAGGUCACAGGCAUGGAGUCUAGUGCUGCAGUGAAGUGCUUGAUUUUGGUCCUUGUGCCGGAAAUGAUGCACGGCCUUCAAAAGACAGGGCAGGUGCUUCGUCCGGAAGCACUACCGAGGAUUUUUGAAACCUUCAAAGAGAGAGCAGUCUUUGGGACAGCUUCUGGGCUUUUCUCUGUUGCGACCGGUGGCCUCCACCUUUUUCCAUUCCUUCGCUUCGCGGAGGCCUGCCGGAAGAUACAAGAAGCCUUGAAUAGCGAGGGCCCUGAUGAUGAGAAGCGGGCCCAAGCCGGGGAGGUCUUGAAACGAUUGAUAUCUCAAGAAGCGCAGGCGCUCAUGUUCAUCGCCGCCACUUCGUUUGUGCCAAAUUUUGCAACGCUCGUCGCUUGCCAGUGUGUGGUCACGUCGUUGCACGAAUCCGGACAGGCAGGAACUCAACCUGUCACCAAGUAG